AUGUUGUAUACGAGGAUUAAAAAGGCACAGUAUGCCUUGUUAAGGGAUUAUGCUGAAAUGCUGCUAAAGACCAAUCCGGGAUCCACUGUAAAGAUUGGGGUUACUCCAUUGCCUGACGGACAAGUAAUGUUUGAUAAAAUGUACAUCUGCUUGAGUGGUUGCAAGAACGGGUUUAAAGCUGGGUGUAGACCUUUAAUCGGCCUCGAUGGAGCAUUUCUAAAGACGCAGAUUGGUGGACAGAUAUUAUCAGCUGUCGCACAAGAUGCAAAUCACCACAUUUAUGUGGUUGCUUGGGCUAUAGUCAACAUUGAAAACAAGGAGAACUGGAAAUGGUUUUUAGAGUUACUCCAUGAUGAUUUAGGAGAUUAUAAGGCUAAUGGGUGGUGUUUCAUAUCUGAUAUGCAGAAGUUAGACAGUUUAUAUUACAAUUGUAACUUGCUGAUUUCACUUGUUAUGUGGUUUGCUGAUUUAGUCAGAUUGGGGUUGAUUUCGGCUGUGGAGGAGGUCAUGCCACAGGUCCACUAUCGUUUCUGUGUUUGGCACCUGUGGCGAAACUUCAACAAACAGUGGAAGGAUCUUGAGUUACGGAGACUCCUUUGGGAUGCUGCAAGGUCAACCACUUUCCAAGAUUUUAUAGGCAACAUGGACAAGAUCAAAAGAGUCAGUGAGGAAGCAUGGACAUACCUUAACAAGUGGCCUAGGCAUUCAUGGAUGAAGUCUCAAUUUAGCCAUAGGCCAAAGCUGGAUAAUAUAUGCAACAACGCAUGUGAGGUCUUCAACGCCAGGAUCAAAGAGGCUAGGAGCAAGCCAAUCAUCACACUGCUUGAAGAGGUAAGGAUGUUCGUUAUGAGGUCCAUUGCAAAGAACAAGAUAAAGUUGAACAACCACGUUGGAAAACUUCCUCCAGUUAUUCAGAGCCGGUUAGAAAAGGUAAGGAAAGAGUCAAAGAUGUGGGUUCCUAUAUGGACUGGGGAUGAAGCCUAUGAGAAGUUUGAGAUCCAUGGACAACCAACAAACAUGGUUGUUGAUCUAGGCAAAAGACUUUGCACCUGCCAGUUCUGGAUGUUAACAGGCAUUUCCUGUGUUCAUGCAUGUGCUGCUCUUGCACGGGUGAACAAGAGACCAGAGGAUUUCUGUCACCCCUUGGUCACAAUGGAUUCAUACAGGAAGACCUAUGAACAUUACAUCAAUCCUCUCCCGGGUCAAUCCAUGUGGGAAAAAUCAGCAUAUAGUCAGCCCCAGGCUCCAAAUAUCAAACGGAAACCAGGAAAGCUCACAACCAAAAGAAGAAAGGACGCUGAUGAGGGUACUAGUCUAAACAAGAAAGCUAAGCAGACUGUUACCCUAAAGAGACAGCCCAAGCCAUUCACAUGCACAUAUUGUUGUGUAAAGGGCCACACCAAGAGGGGAUGCAAACAGAAGAGAGCUGAUGAGCUUGCUGCUGCUCUUGCGACUGCAGCAGCUGCUGUGGCAGCUUCCAAGGCCAAAGCUACUCAUACUGGGAGUACACCUGCAACUGAAUCAAGCAACACUACCAAUCCGGCACCUCCAGCAGCUGACAUUUCACCACCAGUGUCUGCAUCGCAAGCUGAAGAGGUUGAAUUGUCCCAACCAAGCUAUGGUGGAACACAAGAUGAGGUAUAA